GAGAAGGCAUAAGCGACCAAAAACGCAGCGUUUUAUUCCGGAGAUCAGUCGGUCGGAAAGCGGCUACCUUUUAGUUUGCCUAGAGAAUUUGUUCGUUUCUUUCUUUUACUCUCUUCCGACAAAACCCACGAGAUAGAGAAAAAACGACAAAGAGAAUCGUCCAUGGAAGACACUGGUAUCGACGAAGCUGCUAAGGUAUGCACGGUGGAGAUGAGCGAGAAAGUGGAGCCGGAGAAGGAGCUGGAUAAUGGACUGAGUCAACUCAGAGACGAGGAGGAAUCACUUGGUGCGUGUAUGGAAGAUUUACAUGAUGAGGCUGUGCCAGAAACCCUAGGCAAGGAUCAGGUUCAAGGUGUUCGAGAAAAUUCGUCUGAGGAACCAAAUGGUGAAGAUGUAGGAGAAGUGAAGGAGACUGAUAGCGUCAAGGAAAUUGUCGUAAGUGCGAUUGUACCGGUUGAUGAAGUGGAAGAAAACCGAGAGGUAGAAACAUCUCCCUUUUUGGCUGCAUCAACAGAUUCAUUAACAGUGAAUCCAUCUCUAUCUUCUUCGGUUCCUGCAACUGCUUCAGCUGCACAAGAUUUAUCACUGGUUUCAGUUCCAACUAAACAAGAGCAAAGAUCAGAUUCUCGGGUGGACAACAGAUUGUCGGUUACUCCUGUUUCUAGGACACCGGCUCGUGAUGGUUACAAUUGGAGAAAAUAUGGACAGAAGCAGGUUAAGAGUCCCAAGGGCUCACGAAGCUACUACAGGUGUACGUAUACCGAAUGUUGUGCUAAGAAAAUUGAAUGCUCCAAUGAUUCAGGCAAUGUGGUAGAGAUUGUUAACAAAGGUUUGCAUAGUCAUGAACCUCCCCGGAAGAAUAGCUUCUCCCCGAGAGAGAUUAGAGUUACAACAGCUGUCCGGCCUGUUUCAGAGGAUGAUACAGUAGUAGAAGACCUAACAAUUGUCCCUAGCGGUUCAGAUCCGUCUGCUUCUACUAAAGAAAACAUCUGUGAGUUGCAAACAAUCGUUGAACGGAAGAGGAACUGUGAGAACGAAGCUGUGGAGGAACCAGAGCCAAAACGAAGACUGAAAAAGGAUAAUUCACAAAGUUCAGAUUCUGUCUCCAAACCUGGAAAGAAAAAUAAAUUCGUAGUACACGCAGCUGGUGAUAUUGGGAUCUGUGGUGAUGGAUAUAGGUGGCGUAAAUACGGGCAGAAAAUGGUGAAAGGAAAUCCUCAUCCAAGGAACUACUACCGAUGUACUUCAGCGGGAUGUCCAGUUCGUAAACACAUUGAGACAGCAGUAGAGAACACAACAGCAGUAAUAAUCACAUACAAAGGAGUACACAACCACGACAUGCCGGUGCCUAAGAAACGCCAUGGUCCUCCAAGCUCAAUGCUCGUAGCUGCAGCCGCUCCAACAUCAAUGAGAACCAGGCCAGACGAUCAGGUGAACAUUCCCACUUCAAGCCAGUGCUCGUUGGGACGAGAAAGUGAGAAGCAGGGCAGUGAAGCAUUGGAUGUUGGUGGCGAGAAAGUGAUGGAAUCAGCUAGGACUUUGUUGAGCAUUGGAUUCGAAAUCAAGCAAUGCUGAUUAUAUGUAAUUUAUGAGUUUAGAGAGUUCUUCGACUCAAUUUUCGCCUCCUUCAUGUUAUAUAAUAAUAAAAAAAACCCAUGAAGAUUACCAACUAAAUACGUUAACUUUUG